AUGGCAUCAGAGCAGUGGCAGCAGCCGCAGAAGUUGUCACAGGCAGCUUUGGUGGAUCAUCAAGAUCCCAAAGAUGUGUGGAGCCACAAUCCGAGGCCUUUCCAAAAUGAGCCUGAGAGCACACAUGUCCGGUCACAUGAGAAUCACUGCCAGCCCCACUGGCACGUUGGAACACAGUACGCCAUCGCUCAGCGCCUGGCUAUGCUGCACCUAAAGAUGGCUGAGGAGUGGCUUGGCGCCUGGGGUUGGAUGAAGACCUCAACAGCAGCUGGGCUGCGGAAAGACAGCGUCUUUGAGUGA